UCCUGUUUUUUCCUGUUUUUCAUAUGUAUCUCAUUUCAUUGUGCACCACCCUUUCUAGUCCUCCACACAAUUUAGUAGUCACGCAUCCACACACCUCAAACACAACGUAUUUUGACAAGGACACUUCGAUAUUGAAAGAGGAGCCAGAAAAGAAACCGCCAAUCUUGCGAUUAGUGGACGACCCUCAAUAAACAACAGUGACAUUCGAAGAGAGAGCAACGUUAGCACAGGCGUUAUAGAAGAAGGCCUUUAUUUCAAUGCAACAAGUCGGCCACUAAGAUCUGCACGGUUCAGAGUGGAGCCGUAUUUUAAGUCAAGAACGGUGGUUCAGCCAUGAAAGCUAAAACUGUCUCAAAAGAGUGGCGGUGCUGAAGGAAUAUUCACCUUGCUGAGAUAAAAACGUGCCUUUUCAGCACUUUUUGAGUUGGAUCAUUUUUAUGUUUGUAGGAACACGUGGAGCUGAGAGGCCACAAUGCCGAAGAUCGUCUAUACUUACAAAAAUGACUCACUCGUUUAAAAAAAAUGUUUUCAGUCCGCUUCUCUUUGGCGUGCUAUAUUUAACAGACAUCAAAUAUAGCGCAGAUAAGACAUGUUGAUAUAUUGAAUAAAUGUACACGCACUUCUGUACAGAUAAGUAAUUUCUUCAACUUUAUGAACACAUUCUUGAUGGAUGCAUUGUUUAGCGACAGAGUGAGACAUCUUUUCAAUAAAAAAGCUUUGGCCUUGCGGAGCCCGGACGUCAUGUAAACCCCCUGCUGAGUUUUACGCUUGAAACGGAGAGUGAGUGGAGGAAGAACGGCAGCCCGAGGCAACUUUCGAGUGGAACGUCCCAAAAAUAGCUUUCUACACUGUUCGAAAAUGGCUCAAAUAACGAGCGACGGGGCCGAACAAGAUUCUCAGGCGACGUCGGAUAAAAAUGGAACCGGGGAAACAGCAGAAACCGGCAAAGAGGGACAGGCCGUGCCGGACCCCAAACAGGAACCGGGCGACAACAGCGAGCACAGAGGAGGAAUGGACGUGAACAGUGGCCGCGGCGCGGCUGGGGAGGAUGUCGACGGCCCGUCUCCUGCUCCAGAAGACGGCGAAGAGAGCGCGGUACCGACCGAAAAGAUGGGCAACGACGAAGGGGAACCCGACGGUAAACUCUCAGAACCGGGGGAAAGUCCCGCACGGGGGAGUUCGGCGAGUAGCACUGAUUCCGCCGCCGCACGAGAGGGCUCCUCGCGGGUGCUGAAACAAGAACAAAGAGAGGGAGAGAGCGCGUUCUCCUCCCCGCCCGCCGACGACGCGAAGCCGGCGGAGAAAGCCGAGCGCGGCGCCAAGAGCCACGCCGGCGCGGAGCUGACCGCGUCCGACGGAGAGCCGCUCAGCCGGAUGGAUUCAGAGGACAGUAUCGGCAGCACUCUGAUGGACAUGGAGAGCACGGCGUCCAGCGGCCGCUCCACGCCGGCCAUGCUCAACGGUCACGGCGCGGCGCCGUCGAGCGGCUCGGCGCCGGCCGGCGGCGGCAGCAAGUCUCUGGGCUCCACGUGCUGCUGGGAUCACUGCCAGCUGCUGUUCCCCAGCAGCCCCGACCUGGCCGAACACAUCAGGGCCACGCAUGUGGACGGCCAGAGAGGAGGGGUGUUUGUGUGUCUGUGGAAGGGCUGCAAGGUGUACAACACGCCGUCCACCAGCCAGAGCUGGCUGCAGAGGCACAUGCUGACCCACAGCGGAGACAAGCCGUUCAAGUGUGUGGUCGGAGGCUGCAACGCCACAUUUGCCUCCCAGGGGGGGCUGGCCCGUCACGUGCCCACUCACUUCAGCUCCCAGGGUUCCUCCAAAGUGUCCAAUCAGGGCAAAAUGAAGGAGGAGUCUCCGUCCAAGGCUGGCCUCAACAAGAGGAGGAAACUGAAGAACAAACACAGACGCUCCCUCCAAAGUCCUGAAGAGUAUGUCCUCAAACGUCCAGCUGCACUCGCCCGACCUCACGACUUCUUUGAUGCUCAGACUAUGGACGCCAUCCGCCAUCGAGCCAUCUGCCUCAACCUGGCAACACAUAUCGAGAGCCUGGGCAACGGACACAGCGUGGUCUUCCACAGCACGGUAAUAGCCAGAAGGAAAGAGGACUCUGGGAAAGUGAAGGUCUUGUUACACUGGGCACCAGAAGACAUACUGCCAGAUGUGUGGGUGAACGAGAGCGACCGACUGCAGCAGAAGACCCAGGUGGUUCAUCUGUCCAAGCUACCCACAGACACAGCUGUGCUCCUGGACCCCAGCAUCUACAGGAUGUUCUUCUAACCACCUCCGGAGGAACUCCACUGUCACUUCCUGCUAAGCUGACAACGAGGAGGAAAUCGUCUCCUCUUCGUCUCCAUAUCUUCUCUCCCAGAGGACGCUGAGAGUUCAGCGACUUCUUUGCCGUGUCCGUCGGCGUCCACCAGGGUUUUCUGCAUUAGGUGCUGAGUUUGCAGAAGGCGUGUAGGAGAAGAUGUUGACUGUUUUAGGUAAUGCAACUAGACUGAAAGCUAACUGACAGACGUGUAACUAGACACAUGUAGAGAGAAGCUGUCUUUGUAAAUACUUGAGAUUUGUAAUAUAUUUUUAUACUUUUCAUUUUUACUCUUCUGAAGAUAGAUGUCUUUUUUUUCUGCCAAACAUUUAAAAUAAAGUGAUAAUAUUGGUUAUGUGCAUAUAGCUGGCAUUGCUUGGUUUGAUGUCAUUAAACUUUUUUUCCAACCUCC